AGCUCAGCUGGAUGAAGAAGGACAAUUUCUUGUCAGAAUAAUUUAUGAUGAUUCCAAAACCUAUGAUCUGGUUGCAGCUGCUAGCAAGGUCCUUAAUCUAAAUGCUGGGGAAAUCCUUCAGAUGUUUGGGAAGAUGUUUUUUGUGUUUUGUCAAGAAUCUGGUUAUGAUACAAUUUUACGUGUGUUGGGCUCAAACGUCAGAGAGUUUUUGCAGAACCUGGAUGCUCUGCAUGACCACCUUGCUACCAUCUACCCGGGUAUGCGAGCCCCUUCCUUUAGGUGCACCGAUGCAGAGAAGGGGAAAGGACUCAUUCUGCACUACUACUCAGAAAGAGAAGGCCUUCAGGAUAUCGUCAUUGGAAUCAUCAAAACGGUAGCUCAGCAGAUCCAUGGCACAGAAAUAGAUAUGAAGGUUAUUCAACAGAGAAAUGAGGAGUGUGACCACAUUCAAUUUUUAAUUGAAGAGAAAGAGUCUAAAGAGGAGGACUACUAUGAAGACCUAGACAGAUUUGAAGAAAAUGGCACCCAAGAAUCUCGCAUCAGUCCCUAUACUUUCUGCAAGGCGUUUCCUUUCCACAUAAUAUUCGACAGAGAUCUGGUGGUCACGCAGUGUGGUAAUGCUAUAUACAGAGUCCUUCCACAGCUGCAGCCAGGGAAUUGCAGCCUGUUGUCAGUUUUCUCCUUGGUUCGGCCUCAUAUUGACAUUAGCUUCCAUGGGAUCCUCUCGCAUAUCAAUACCGUCUUUGUCCUGAGGACCAAGGAAGGGCUCUUGGAUGUAGAAAAGCUCGAGUGUGAAGAUGAACUGACUGGCACAGAAAUCAGCUGCUUGCGCCUGAAAGGUCAAAUGAUAUACUUGCCAGAAGCAGACUCCAUCCUUUUCCUUUGUUCACCAAGUGUGAUGAACCUGGACGAUCUAACCCGAAGAGGGUUGUACCUGAGUGACAUUCCACUGCACGAUGCCACCCGCGACCUGGUGCUUUUGGGAGAGCAGUUCAGAGAGGAGUAUAAGCUGACUCAAGAGCUCGAGAUCCUCACUGACAGGCUGCAGCACACGUUACGGGCACUGGAGGAUGAGAAGAAAAAGACAGACACAUUGCUGUACUCUGUUCUACCACCAUCAGUGGCGAAUGAGCUGAGGCACAAGCGGCCGGUUCCGGCGAAGCGCUACGACAACGUGACCAUUCUGUUCAGCGGCAUCGUUGGGUUCAACACCUUCUGCAGCAAGCACGCCUCCGGCGAGGGGGCCAUGAAGAUUGUCAACCUCCUCAAUGACCUCUACACAAGAUUCGAUAUUCUCACCGAUUCACGGAGGAAUCCAUUUGUUUAUAAGGUGGAAACAGUUGGGGACAAGUAUAUGACAGUGAGUGGCCUACCAGAGCCUUGCAUUCAUCACGCACGAUCUAUCUGCCACCUGGCAUUGGAUAUGAUGGAAAUAGCAGGCCAGGUUCAAGUAGAUGGUGAACCUGUACAGAUAACGAUAGGAAUCCACACUGGCGAGGUAGUCACGGGUGUCAUAGGCCAAAGGAUGCCACGUUACUGUCUCUUUGGAAAUACUGUCAAUCUAACAAGCAGAACAGAAACUACUGGAGAAAAGGGAAAGAUCAAUGUCUCUGAGUUCACUUACAGGUGUCUUAUGACUCCGGAAAAUUCAGAUCCUCAGUUCCACCUGGAGUACAGGGGUCCAGUCUCUAUGAAGGGUAAAAAAGAACCAAUGCAGGUUUGGUUUUUGUCCAGAAAGAGUACAGAGACGGAGGUAUGACUAAUCACUUGGGUUUUUUUUUUAAUAAAGACGUAAAUACCACAAAUUUAAUCUAAACCACUGAGAUCCUUUUGCCUUUGCAAAA